AUAAAACGAAUUUUGUGACACGAAAUAUUUACAUUAUAUAAGGAAUAAACAUAUUUUAAAAAUUAUUUAAGAAAAUUAUUUGCAAUUUAUAAUAAAAAUGAUUGAAAUAACAGCAAAAUUAAUUAGAGGACCUGUAUAUUUUUCUGGUGAAGUUAUAGAAUGUUUAGUUUCGUUUAGUAAUCCUCCAAAUCCAAUUCAUCAAAUUUCUCAAAGUCAUAGUGAUAUUUUUGAAAGUCUUGCAUGGGCUAGUGCUCAAGUUCAUUGUCAAUGUUCCACAAAUAGUAAAAUUGUUUUUUCAGAAAAAUUAAACAUGACAGCUCAAUUAGCUGCUAUUAAUGCAAAUACAACAUUUGCACCAUGGCAGCAAGAUAAUGGUCAUGUUGUUCUAAACACAAAGCCUAAAAUUUUAUUUUGUGAUUUACGUUUAUCUCCCGGUGAAAGUAAAACAUAUCUUUAUCGGGAAACAAUUCCAAGCGAUGCACCUCCAUCUUAUAGAGGACAUGCAGUGAAAUAUUCAUAUAAAAUCACUGUUGGAACACAACGAGUAAACACAGCUAUAAAAUUACUUAGAAUUCCAUUUAGAGUACUUUCUUUGAGUGAAUUGCCUGAAGUAGCUGCUUGCAAUGAUAGUGUCGAUUUAAGUCCAAAUAAUCCAUUCAUGGAAACACAACAUAGAGAAACUCCAUUAGAUAUUGCAUUACAAACUCUUCAGAAUUUAACAGCUAGACGUAGUCCAAAUUUUUAUAAUAUUACAAAUGGACGUGGACGCGUCGUAAGAUUUUGUCUUUUCAAAAAUUCCUAUAAACUUGGAGAAGAUAUAGUUGGAACAUUUGAUUUCUCAAAUGCCACUGUUUCUUGUGCACAAGUAUCUGUUGCAUUGCAAUCAGAAGAACAUAUUUCUGAUGAAUACAGACGAGGAAAAGUCAUAACUCCAACUUUAGUUAGUUACAAUAAACAUCAUGAAAUGUGUAUGGGUUUAAAAUAUUCUCAUUUAGUAUUACCAAUACCAUUACAUGUAACACCAGAUUUUACUACUGAUUUGAUGACAUUAAAAUGGAGAUUACAUUUUGAAUUUGUUACAACUUCAAAACUAGUAGAAAUGCCAAAUGAAACUAGUAUUAAUUGGCAAGGACCAUUAGUUUUGGAUGUUGAAACAAUGAUUUGGGAUUUACCUGUUCAUAUUCAUCCAACAACUACACCACCUAAUACUGCACAACAAAUAAAAUAUAAUAUAGUGAUAUAGCAAAUUAAAAAAUAUUGUAAGAAUUUAUAGAUUAUUUUUCAUUUAUAGUAAUAUGAAUAGUUAAAUUUUCAUAUCUAUAUUAUAUA